AAACCGAAACGGUCACGUUGCGGCAAUUGGAAAAGGAGCUUGGUGUAGUUUUGAAAUACAUCAUAUUUCUGUCGGACCACACACUGUUCACGCCAGUAGAAAUAAAGCAUAACAACACAGCGUUUUUGUGGAACAUACGAAUGCCGAAAGUUAUAGAAGAGCACAGGCAAAUAGUUGACGUUAAGGUAGUCGAAUUUCAGCAGUUGCUCAAUGUUAGAAUUCAAAAAUUCAAAGACGAUUUGGAUAUUUACGCAAAAAUGGUUGAUCAACUGCAGUACAAUGGCAAUAUAGAUGAUCUGCCCAAAUAUCACAAGAAAGCGACACAAUUGGAUAACAGGCUGAUACUUGCUAUGGAAAGAAUAGACGGUUUCAAUACGGAAGAAGGAGCGUAUGGUUUCGAGUUAUCCCAGUAUCCUCUGCGAAAGCAAAUUCACGACAAGUUAUCACCGUUCAAAAAGCUGUACGACCUUUCCAUGGACUUCAUUAACCAACAUCACAAUUGGAUGACAUCAAAAAUUGGUUCUUUUGAUCCCGAAAUGAUCGAAACUGAAGUCGGGACGUGUUAUAGGAACAUUUAUAAACUCGAAAAGGUAUUCAGCGACAGACCGGCGGCACAGGAACUGGCAACGAAAGUUCGAAUCAAAGUGGAAGAGUUUAAGGAGCAGUUGCCUAUAGUUCAAACUCUUGGCAAUCCUGGAAUGAAGGAGAGGCAUUGGGAGCGGGUUUCCGAAGUUGUCGGUUUUCCUAUUGUUGUCGACGAGGACUUGAGCUUGCAGAAGAUCAUCGGUUACGGUUUGGAAGAAUUCAUACCCAAAUUUGAGGCGAUAUCGGAAGCGGCGACAAAGGAGAAUAAUCUCGAGAAACACUUGAACAAAAUGAUAUCGGAAUGGGUUGAGAUUGAAUUUAGCAUUUUGAUCUACAGAGAUACGGGUACGUAUAUUUUAUCAUCGGUUGACGAUAUCCAAGUAUUGCUGGAUGACCACAUUGUGAAGACGCAAACAAUGAAAAAUUCGCCCUAUAUUAAACCUUUUGAAAAGGAAAUUAUCGCUUGGGAAGCCAAACUGGUGUUGCUUCAAGCAAUUCUGGAUGAAUGGUUGAAAGUGCAGGCGACUUGGAUGUAUCUGGAACCGAUCUUUUCGUCACCAGACAUUCAGCAACAAAUGCCGGAAGAAGGGCGUAGAUUUAGUGCCGUAGAUAAGAUAUGGCGCGACAUCAUGAAGAUUUGCUUCGGUGAGCCAAGAGUUAUGAUGGUUGUCGAAAUAGACAAAAUGCUGGAACGUCUUUCGAAGUGCAACAAUCUUUUAGACCUGAUCCUCCGCGGGCUAAACGAGUAUCUAGAAAAGAAAAGGUUGUAUUUCCCUCGGUUCUUCUUCUUGUCUAACGACGAGCUGUUGGAGAUAUUAUCUGAAACUAAGGAUCCUACAAGAGUUCAACCGCACCUGAAGAAGUGCUUCGAGGGCAUUGCAAAAUUAGAAUUCACCGAAGAAUUGGAGGUGACCAAAAUGAAAUCGAGCGAAGGUGAGGAGGUUCCCUUGGUCGACGUAAUUCGAACAGCGGACGCGCACGGGCAGGUCGAGAAAUGGUUGCUCGAACUAGAAACAGAUAUGAAGAAAUCAGUGCACAAGAUGGUCGAAGGCGCCAUUACUGACUAUCCCAAGCGUCCUAGAGAUAGCUGGGUCCUACUUUGGCCCGGACAAACGGUGCAAAGUGUAGCAAUGACGUAUUGGACUACAGACGUCCAUCAGGCAAUCACAGUUAGCCUGGAUGCGAUGGAAGAAUGUUUAGAACAAAGCAAUUAUGAAAUAUCGAAAGUUGUAAAUUUAGUUCGAGGGAAACUGAAUCCACAAAAUCGAAUUACUCUUGGAGCGUUGGUAGUUCUCGAUGUGCACGCUAGAGACGUACUCUCGGAGCUAAUUGAGUUGAAAGUCAAAUUUAUUACCGAUUUUCAGUGGUUGUCACAAAUUCGUUAUUACUGGGAGGAAAACCAAAUGGCGACACGAAUGAUCAACUCUACUUUGAUGUAUGGCUACGAGUAUUUAGGUAAUGUCGGUAGAUUGGUGGUGACUCCUUUGACAGAUCGCUGCUUUCGAACCCUCUUUGGCGCGUUACAUUUGCAUUUAGGUGGCGCACCCGAAGGUCCCGCAGGUACCGGAAAAACCGAAACGACAAAAGAUCUGGCGAAAGCGGUCGCGAAGCAGUGCGUGGUGUUUAAUUGUUCGGACGGUUUGGAUUACCUCGCCUUGGGGAAAUUUUUCAAGGGUUUGGCAUCGUGUGGAGCGUGGUCGUGCUUUGACGAAUUCAACAGGAUUGAUUUGGAAGUACUCUCAGUAGUCGCCCAGCAGAUACUAACCAUUCAACGCGGAAUCAAUUCAGGUUCUGACAAGAUGGUAUUUGAGGGCACGGAAUUGAAUCUCGACCCCACGUGUGCGGUCUUUAUCACCAUGAAUCCGGGAUACGCCGGGCGGUCAGAAUUACCCGAUAACUUGAAGGCACUAUUUAGAUCCGUUGCGAUGAUGGUACCGGAUUACGCUUUAAUCUCUGAAAUUGAGCUGUACUCUUACGGUUUUCUAAACGCGAAGCCGCUGGCAGUUAAAAUUGUCGCCACCUACCGUUUGUGCUCAGAACAGUUAUCCUCACAGUGCCAUUAUGACUACGGAAUGCGAGCGGUGAAAUCUGUAUUGAGAGCCGCGGGUGCUUUAAAAUUGCGCUAUCCGGACGAAGAGGAAGACAUACUAGUUCUACGUUCAAUUAAAGACGUAAACUUGGCAAAGUUCCUAAAUCAAGACGUUCCUCUAUUUCAGGGAAUUACAUCGGAUUUGUUUCCGGGAGUCGAACUACCUCCUCCUGAUUACGACGUUUUUGAUGUGGCCGUCAGAGAUACGUGCGAGCAGUAUAAUUUACAGUGCACCCCAUUCUUCUUGGAAAAGACGCAGCAAUUGUACGAAAUGAUUGUCGUACGUCACGGACUUAUGCUUGUCGGUUUACCGUUCGGCGGAAAGACUCGGUGCUAUCGCGUAUUGGCGGACGCGCUAGGCUUGAUUGAGGAGAGGGGUGGAAUGGAUGAGCAUAGAGCGAUAUAUACUGUCAUGAAUCCUAAAUCAAUCACGAUGGGCCAAUUGUACGGACAAUUUGAUCCGGUGUCUCACGAAUGGUCAGAUGGUGUUCUGGCUGUCAACUACCGAGUGUACGCCAUGUCAACUACACUGGAAAGGAAGUGGUUGCUUUUUGAUGGACCAGUCGAUGCCAUCUGGAUUGAAAACAUGAACACAGUGUUGGAUGACAACAAAAAAUUGUGUUUGAUGUCUGGGGAAAUAAUUCAGUUGGCAAAUACCACAAAUCUCAUAUUUGAGCCUAUGGAUUUGGAAGUCGCUUCUCCUGCUACGGUAUCACGUUGUGGUAUGAUAUAUCUGGAGCCCUCAACAUUGGGUUGGGAACCACUUCUAACGUCAUGGAUAAACACUCUUCCCCCACUGCUGUCUGAACACCACACGGCAAUGGUUAAUAACAUGUUUCUGAGAUUCGGCCGAGCACUCUUGUGGUUUGUUCGCAAAGGAGGCGUGAAGGAACUGGCGACGACUUCCGACUCUAAUCUGAUGGUUUCCGCCAUGAAUUUGUUCGACUGCUUUAUGGACGACUUCCUCGACGAAGCCUUUAUGGGGCAAACAUCAGACCUAGACGUUCGAGCUCAGUUGGAAGGCGCCGUAUUUUUCUCUUGCAUUUGGUCUCUUGGCGCUACCUUGGAUUCGUCGAGCAAGCCCAAAUUUAAUAUUUUAUUCAGAGCUCUUUUAGAGAAGGAAUUUCCCGCUUCUGUUGCGAAACAGCUGGACAUACCGUUUACCAUAGCCAAACCGGAGAAACCGUAUAUCUUCAGUAUUCCGUCUGGCGGAACCGUAUUCGAUUACAGAUAUAUUAAGGAGGUAAGGCAAACGCGUAGAAAUUGGCUGGCACUUGCGCGCUUUUCAGGGUAAGGGAAAGUGGAGAUUG